GGAUAGAAUAUGCUUAAUAAUAAAAAUAACUAUGAAAUACCUCCUUUACAUGAGGCUGCUAGCAAAGGUCUUUUAAAUAAAGUGAAGAAUCUAGUAGAAAAAGGUGCUAAUGUUAAUUCUAAAAGUGAAAGUAGAGCAACUCCUUUACAUGGGGCUGCUUUAUAUGGUCGUAAAGAGGUAGUAGAGUUUCUAGUAGAAAAAGGUGCAGAUGUUAAUGCUAAAAAUGGAGAUAGAUGCACUCCUUUACAUUGGGCUGCUAUAGGGGGUUAUGAAGAGAUAGUAGAAUUUCUAAUAAAAAAAGGUGCAAAUGUUAACAUAGCAAGUCAUGGGUUUAAAAAAAAUUUUUUACAUUGGGCUGCCGAAGGUGGUUAUGUAAAGGUAAUAAAUGCUCUAGUAGAAAGAGGUACAAAGAUUAACACUCAAGAUAAAUAUAAAAAAACCGCUUUACAUUAUGCUGCUUUUCAUGGUCAUCUAGGUGCUGUAAAGGCUCUAAUAGAAAAAGGUGCAGAUGUUAAUGUUGUGGAUAACCAAGAAAAAACUGCUUUAGAUAAGGCUACUGAGAAAGGCCAUGAAGAGAUAGUAAAGUUUUUGAGAGAAAAAGAGGUUGAUCGACCUAAGACUCCAGUAAAUGAAGUAUUAAUAGAAGGAGGACCUGGCUUAAGUAAAUAG